UUUCUGCUGCUCACUGCUCUGUCUGCCAUAGGCUAAAUAUAAGUGGAAUAUGACAAAAGUCUUUACACAAACAUCAGUGAAGAUCAGCACUAGGACUUCCUCAACCCAUAGAGCCACUCCUCAAAGAUCUCAUUAAUGUAACUCCACCAGCCGUCUUGCGCAGUAUCAAGAAAAUGUUUUUUCUCACAGUUCUGCUGUUUUCCCACCUUCAAAUAUCUCAGCAGAUUCAGAAAACUACUGCAAAUGGCAAAGAGAUGCUGUCCAAUCCCAGGCUCAUACCUGUUCAGGGGACUUUGAAUGUAAUGAUGAACCAGAACGUGAGCCUCUCCUGCCACUCAGACUCUGGAACUCCACCUGUCAGAUACACAUUGUUUAAACACAAUCAGAAGAUAUCCACUUUAAAUAGGCCAGACUUGACCCCCGGUUUGUUUAACUUGACUAUCAACUCUGCCAGUGACAUGGGUGAAUACAAAUGCAAAGCCGAGAAUAACAUCUCCGGUGGUGGAAAAUACAGCAACAGUCUCAACUUCACCCUUAAAGAGCCAAUUUCCAAACCAAUGCUGAGCUCACCCACCUCUCAAGCAAAGGAAGGCCAGAAUGUGACCCUGUCUUGUCUCUCAGAAAAUGGCUCUCUUCCUAUCACAUACACGUUCUUCAAAGGAAGACAAAGCAUCUCUCCCCCAGUGAAGAUGCAGAAGAGGGAAGCAGCUGUGAUUUUUCUAUUUAUGAAUUCCUCUAGUGACUUUGGAACCUAUAAAUGCAGAGCUGAAAAUAGCUUUCGCAAUAAUACAAAAUACAGCAACAGUUUCAACUUUACAUUAGCAGAAGAGAGAAGCCUUUCUCAACCUUUGAUCAUUUCUCUUGGGCUGAUCUUGCUACUAUUCAUAAUAGGAUUUGCUCUGUCAAUUCCAUUUUUCAUAAUUCCUUCAUAUAAAGCAAAAAAAUUUAAGUCUACUAGGUCCUCAACUGGCUUUACUUCAACAACGAACGCAGAAGAGCCUGAAGACUACGUCAUAUACACAGAGAUUGAGCCUGUUAAACCAGAAGAAGAAUAUGUCAACUUUUCUGUUAUUAGAAGAGAAGAUGAAAAAGCAGAGAAGGCGGCAUGUGCUACAGUCUAUUCAAAGGUCUUCAUCAGACAUUGAGUACAAGAGGUUUCUAGAUGACUUCCAAGGGACCACAAGGGUCCGUCCCCACCAAAAAGCCCACCACGCAAACCCAAAACAACUACGUAACCCACAGUUUUGUAGGUUACAUUACAGUCUUCUGCCUUCUGUAUACAAAUAAGCUGCAAAACCAGGAAAGACAGACAGGACUGUCAUGAGGAGGAGAAGGUUGCAAUUUGCUGGUAAAAUACCAAGUUACACUCCUUUUAUCUGUUCAGCCUGACUUUUCAAACAUUGCCAUUCACUAGAAGUUUGUCCCUCUCCAAUAUAUUCAGUGGAAAGGUUUCCCUCUAGCCCAUUCCCCCUUCUGAGUGAGGCAACUUCUAUAAAGCCAUUUGCAGUGUUUAUAAUCCAUCAAUCCACAUGAACGUCUACAUAUAUGGAAUUGGACAAGCUACAGAAAGAAAAAACAUUUACAGGUUCUUUUUGAUGCGAACUUAACACUGCAAAACACAGACUAACUUUGUCUUGACAUCUACUCACAGAUACAGGCAAAGGCUAUGCAGCUGUAACAGCUGUCUUGUCAACAUAGCUCAUUUCUAUUUUCAAAGAAUUAACUCCUUGCAAAAAAACUCCAAAACGCGAUUUUAUCUGCUUUUGAAAACAAAGGUCUGACUGCAGAGUAUCAAUUGUACUGCUUUUACAAGAGAAUAAAAAGACAGUCACAUGCUAAGCAAGUGGACCAGCAAAGAAACCAUUUCUCUCACACGUUAUCAUCUUUAUCAGAAAAGAUUUUUAAUACAGUAAACCUUACAAGUAAUUUUGAGCUAUCCCCUGGAUACAUCUGUAACAGUUCAGUAUCACCAAGGUUCUUCAAUGUUUCUAUUGUUUCUGUCCCCCAAGGAAAUCUGUAAUGUAAAUUAAAUCCUCUUCUUCCUUCUUUGUCCUGAAAGUCACUGCUGCUGAAGUUAGACGGGCCUACUGCAAACUGAAAAUAAAAGAUAUGAGAUGAUCA